AUGUUCCGUUCAACCCUGGUAUCGUUAUUCCUGGUUGCUGCUGCUGCAACGUCCGUUCUAGCCAAUCCUGAUACCCAAGUAUCUCUACAAGGAGGUGAUGAGGCUCAUACCUCGGAGAGCUGGUCGUACGUCGACUGCGGUGUCUCCACGGACGUUAUCCAGUUGGAGUCGAUCAAGAUUAAACCUGAUCCACCCAAGCCUGGAGAGGAUCUCACUGUGAUUGUCAAAGGCUAUGUGCAGGAGAGAAUUGAGGAGGGGGCUUACGCAGACGUUACUGUCAAGUUGGGCCUUAUCAAGUUGCUACAGAAGUCAUUUGAUCUUUGUGAGGAAGCACGCAAUGCUAACGCGAGUAUCACCUGUCCUGUCGAGCCUGGUCCCUACACCGUUAAGCAUACGGUGUCUUUACCCAAAGAGAUCCCACCCAGCAAAUUCUCGGUGGAUGUGUUUGGCUACACUGCCGAAGACGAUGAUUUGGUCUGCCUUCAGAUGAAGAUUGAUUUCAUGAAGCGACCUUUCUUCAAAGUGUGGUGA